CAUCAACUUCAAGUCUCACCAAACUCUUCAAAACCUCGAACCCACCUCUCAAAUAUCAAGAUGCGCUUCUCCGUCGCCUGCACCGUGGCCUUCGUCGCCUCCCUGGCCUCCGCCAGCCCUCUCAUCAACCGCAACCAGGGCGGCUGGGAGUUCCCCGAGUCGAUGCCUCUCGUCACCCGUCAGGAUGUCCCUGAACCCGGCACGCCCGCCUACCUCUGCCACGAGAACUGCGGUACAUCCAUCACCCUUUCCCGCGAGGAGGGCUACUGCACCAACUACCAGUGGAUCGCCCGCUACGAUGCUUGCCUGCAGUGUGCCAACGCUCAGAACGUCUGGCAGUACUACGGAAACUCCGUCACUGCUGCGGCUGCUGCCUGCGGUCUUACCGCUGUGCCUGUCUAGAUGUUUCCACCUGUUUGGCAGGUAAAGCGUGACUAAAAGGCUUGGGGUGACCGGGGAAAUGAUUUGAAGUUUUGAGCGAG